GGCAACAUAUUUAAUUCAACAUGGCGAAUAGCGCAUCCUAGCUUCUUAUGAUGGUUUGUAAAACUAGCAUUAAGACAGGAUGACAAGAUCAGUGAUAUUUCUUUUGAAAGUUUUUGUUUAUUUACAUUGUUGCGUUCAUGAAUCUAAAGCCGUCAGUUCGUCGUUGGGAACCAAGUUUUACUUUCUUGCACCGAAUGAGCUAGAAAGUCCUGACAAGGAAAUAUUUGUAUUUUUAUUUACACUGUCUACAAGGGAGGUGGGAAUUGAUCUGACCAGUCCUUGGUUUGACGGGGAGCCGUUGAAUAUACAUAAAGUUUUAUACAGACUUCAAGUCAAUUCCAUUGAGAUACCUACUGCAUAUACAUCAACUCAACAGAUAGGGGCACAGUUCAGCUACAAGAUAGCUGGUACAGGCAAAUUCGGCGUCAUUAUUUUCGUGGUCGUUGAGGCAACUUCAGCCGAUUCUUUCACACCGUUGCCGGUUGAGGGUUGGGGGAACAAAUACGCAGCAUGGACCAAAAGGUUCAUGCCAAGUGUUCAAAUUGUCACCGAUCAAGUGAACGACGUGGAAAUUCGUUUGAAUCUAGAGCGUUUUACUUUUACUCACCUGGGUAGAAAUUACGCCACUGGUGAUGUCAUGACAGUUCGGCUCAGGGAGGGUGAGGCCUUCACGUUGUCAUUCUGUGAUAUCCGAACAGCUAAUAAUAAUCUUGCUAAUUUACAAGGGACACUGAUUGACUGUACCGCACCGUGUGGUGUUGUUAGCGGUAAUUGUAUCACUGGAAACAUACCAAGCAACUGUGAAACGAACGAACCUCUAAUGAAUACAGGGCCUACAGGAGAUAUCAUAGCAGAGAUGCUAAUGCCAAUUGAAACAUUCGGAAAAGAAUUUAUUACACUUAACAUUAUUGGGAGGAUAACGCAAGGUGAAGUGGAGGUCAUAAGCAGCGAACCGGACACACGCAUAACUAGCACAGCACCUAACGGCAGACAACUAGAGAUGCAAAUGGAGCACAGGUGGAGCACUAGAUUCAUUCGCUGGCCUGGGAUACGGCACUUCAAUAGCGACAAACCGGUGUCUGCCAUGUACUACAUGGCAACGGCUUGUCGCACCGCUACCGGCAGAACAAUGGAAGAUGGGGACCCUGCUAUGUGCAAUCUCAUCCCAAUAGCCCUCUUCUAUGAUGGCUACAUAUGGAGCACCCCAUCCUCAAAGAAGGUAGCCCCGGUGAAUUACGUCUGUCUGGUUGUAAAGACGGUGGACAAAGAACAUUUGAAAUUCGAUGACCUUGAUGUACCUGUAACGAUGCUUUGGAUGAGAGUACAUGGAGCCCCAUAUGAAACUGGCAACAUACAUGUGUCACCAGGCACCCACACCGUGUAUGGCGCAAGGCCAAUCAAAUUCGGCUGCUACAUCUACGGCCUGGCUCGGUACUACAGCUACAUGAACCCUGCAGGGUUUAUCACAUCGAAAAUAAACGUGCAAUGUAUUCCAUCAUUCGAUAAGAAGGAACCAGGCGAUCUUAUCGACAACGACUGUGACCAAAGUGUCGAUGAGGAGAUCGAAGAUGGUAUAGAUAAUGAUAACGACAACAGAAUAGACGAGGACUUGGCGAACCCACCCAGAACCAAUGGAGCAUGGAGUGCUUGGACAGAAUGGACGUGUAAUGUGAUUUGUCACGUGUACCGCGACCAGCGGACCAGACUAUGCAACAACCCAGCUCCCGCCAACAACGGCAGAGAUUGUGAAGGCAACACAGUUGAAUACAGAGACAGCGAUUGUGGUCGUAAUGUCAUCUGCCCUACAGACUGCCCAGUCGGUAGAUGGGAUCUGAACUGUACCAAAAGUUGUGAACAUUGUGAGGAUGACUGCAACAAAUUUCUUGGCAACUGUACCAGCUGUACACCGGGCUUUAUGUUUCCCGAACGUUCCUGCAAUGAAGUGUGUCCCCCAUUUACAUAUGGCAAAAACUGUGAGGGAAAUUGUAUGGAGAAAUGUGAGGCUGAAUGUCUGGAUAAAGUCAAUGGAAACUGUCCACUGAAAGACAACCCAUAUUUAAAACUGUUGUGGAUGCUACUGCUCAUUCCAGUUAUCGCACUUUUCCUUUUUGUACUCAGACGCAGGCAAAACUCUUCGUCAGCACCGGUUGGAGAGGCCAAACCUCCAGCAGAACCCCCAGCAGAGGUCGUACACAGUAGAGCCCCGUCGUCAGUUCCAGGGUCUGUGGCAGGGGGCAAGGCUAUGUCUUUGGUCGGAGAUUUGGAAACUUCGGUCUAA